AUGCUAACGCGUGGGGCAUCCCCUUCCCCCAUUCCUCAUCAACAGGACCUGCUGGUGGCUGCGGCGGACCAGCCGUUCCGCUUCCCGGCCACCUUCACGUUUGUGGUGCGCUCCUUCACCGUGCUGGACGGCAUCGGCAAGACGCUCGACCCGCGGUUUGACAUCACGGAGAUCAGCGCCCCCUACGCACGCGGCCUGCUGCUGGAGGCCAAGCCCCAGUUUGCAAAGUGGGCGGACGAGUUCAAGAAGCGGUCGGACAACCAGAACCGCGCGGUGGCCAACCUGUUCAAGUCCCCCAACCGGCUGGAGGACAUCGGCAGCGUCAUCAGCCGGCUGGAGAGCGGGGACCUGAAGCUGAGGGUCAGGGCGCUGGAGGCGGAGCGCGCGCUCACGCGCGUGCAGGCGUGGCAGGGGGUGGUCAGCAGCGCGCUGGUGGCGUCGACGCUCGUCAACGUGGGCACCGUGCUGUCCGUCAGCGCCGUCACCACCGGCGCGACGCUCUGCUUCGGCGGCGCCGCCGUUUUCGGGGUGCUGCUGGCCAAGAGCUACCUGAAGGUCGCGGCGCUCGAAAAGAAGGAGAGGCAGCUAGCCGGGGCGAUCUGA